AUGCGCUUCUCAUCUGCUCUAGCUCUAGGCCUGGCUUGCCUCACCAAUGUUGGCGUUUUCGGUAGACCUACUCCCAAUGGAGGAACUGACAGCGCUCCUCCAAAUGGUGGCUAUAAGUCAGUUGGAUAUUAUGUCAAUUGGGCCACCUAUGAUCGCAAGUUCGACCCAACGGAUUUGGAUGCAAGCCAGUACACGCACAUACUUUACUCGUUCGCCGACAUUGCCCCUUCUGGAGAAGUCAAAUUUGUCGACACCUAUUCGAACCUGGAGAAAUCCUUCGCCGGUGACUCGCCAAGUGCACAAGGCAACAACCUCCGUGGCGCUCUCAAGCAAAUGUACAUGAUGAAGAAAAAGAACCGCCACCUGAAGACCCUUCUCUCCAUCGGAGGCUGGAGCUACAAGGAUAACUUCCGAGGCCCAGCCAGCACUGAUGCUGGAAGGCAGAUGUUUGCCAAGUCGUCCGUUAAGAUGCUGAAGGAUUAUGGGUUUGAUGGAAUUGACAUUGACUGGGAGUACCCCCAGAAUGAACAGGAGGCUGGAGACAUGGUCUUACUACUGGCUGAAAUCAAGAAAGCACUGAAGGAGUACUCCGAUUCCAUUGGAGAUGGCUACAAGUACCUCCUCACCGUAGCAUCUCCCGCUGGCGAGCAGCACUAUGGCAAGAUGAAACUCGGUGAAAUGGACCAACACCUCGACUUCUGGAACUUGAUGGCCUACGACUACUCUGGCAGCUGGGACGGCAAAUCAGGACACAGCGCCAACAUCUUCCGCUCCACCUCAGACCCUGAGUCAACCAAAUUCAACACCCAGGACGCCCUCAUUGCCUACGGAAAAGCCGGCAUCAAACCUGAGAAAAUCGUCAUGGGCAUGCCCCUUUACGGCCGUGCAUUCGCCCAGACCGAAGGAAAGCCAGGAUCACAAUUCAACGGCGUCGGUGAAGGAACCUGGGAGAAGGGAGUGUACGACUACAAGACUCUACCUCAGGAGGGCGCCCAGGUGGUCGAGUGCGAAAAGGAAGUUGCCAGUUACAGCUACGACCCCGUCAAGAAGCUUUUCAUCAGCUUUGACACUCCUAAAAUCGCAGGAAUGAAGGCCAACUAUAUCAAGCAGAUGGGACUAGGCGGAACUAUGUGGUGGGAAACCAGCAGCGACAAGCCAGUAGGUCAAGGAAGUCUCGUCGAAACCGCCAUCAAUCACCUUGGAGGCAAAGAGAAGAUGGACAAGAGCCAGAACCAAUUGAAUUACCCACAAUCGCAAUAUGAUAACAUCAAAACCAACCAAGUAUAG